UACUACUAUAUUAUUGCUUUGCAGUUCUUACACAAUUUUUUUUCUUAUUUACUUCUAUUAGUAAAUAAAAAACUUAUAAAACUGUCAUUAUUAUAUAACAACUAUACGUAUUAUGAUGUUAUUAUUUAGUUAUGUUGUUGCUUGGUUACAUUUGAUGCCUCCGCACGUGGGAAGCUACCGGUUUGAAAGACGCGGCUUCACUUGCUUUUCUGCACCAAGAUGGCAAGAAUCAGACGAAUGGAGAAAGCUGUUUGCUGGAGCGACGACAGAUACUGGGCAACUUGGGACAAGUGGGGAGAGGUGAUUGACUGGGGAGAUGAGAAAGAGCUGUGCUCCCCAGCAGAAUCACCUUCUGACCAGGCUGACAGUUCCACUGAGUCACAUUCCCGAAGGCGAAUUGCCAAGGCAGUUAGCUGGACGGAUGAUGCUUAUUGGGCAGCCUGGGACAAGUGGGAAGAGAUCAUCUGCUGGGGUGAUGAAGAGGAGUGCUCCCAAGUAACUCCACCCACUAGCCAGCUUGGGAGGGAUAAGGGGAUAGAUGUACAUGGGUUGGAGGCUUUUGUGAUAAAUAACAGGACAAUCUCCAUAAAGCCUGUAGACAACCAUCAAGACAGUCUGAAGAUAGGAGCUGUGCUGGUAGACCUCUGCCAGUUUGAUCUCGAAUAUUUAGAUCAAAGUAAAUUUAAUUGUGAAAUUGUGCAAGUACAAAUUGGAGAAGUUGAAGUGGAGGAGACUAGAGAAAAGUCUUUUGAAAAAGCAUUUGAACUGGAAAUUGUGGAUGUGGCAGUAGAAGUUGUAAACAGUGAAUUCCAGCUGAAUGCUAUAAAUUUGGAUAUUGUUGAAACUAAGGUGGACAAAUUAUUAUUGGAAGAACUGAUCAUUGGCGAUUUAGAAGCAGGCAAUGUGAAGGUGUCAGUGUCAAAUGGCAAUGUGGUGAAGGUACCCUUAAGGUACCCUUCACCACAGAGGAACAGAAGGACCAGGCAACCUUAGACCAUACUCUCUGGUGGUUGACUCGUGGCAACUGGACUUGUCUCUGAAAGUUAGAAACGUUUCGGUGCUCAUCCAAGCAGCUUCUUCAGACUGAGGGAGGUAGUAAGUGUCCACAUAUUUAUCCUCCUGGGUAAGUAGUCUAAGGGGGCUCGUUGAGUGAAACAAAGUGGGGGGGGGGGGGAGUUGCGGGUAGAUGUAACCAGUCCCUCCUACUCCAAUAGAGUGGGUCGUUAAGGGUGGUCCACCUGGUGGAGGUGUGAAUUGGGUCUGUUUUUUUCCUGGGAAUUAUUUUUGUUUUGGCAAAUGAUGAGAGGGCCGCAGGUUAAAUUGGAGACAGGUUGUGCUUAAUGCCUCUACCUCUGUUGAGUGAGGGGUUGUGCAUUUGCACAUGCAAAGCUGCUUGGACGAGCGGUGAAACGUUUCUACCUUUCAGAGAGGUACAAUGUCUUUGGAUGUCUUUUGUCUUGUGCAGUCUGGGAGUUGACUGAAUGCUGGGGCGGGGGUAGCUUUUCCUUUGUAGUGGGGUCCGGUGGGGCGCCUUGGGCUCUGUGGGGCCCGGUGGUGCUGCUGCCUUGGGCCCCGGUCUGGAUGGGCCUGGGCCCCCCUCCCUGGAUGGAUUUCGGG